AUGGUUUCUGCGUGUGUAGUAGUGUGUGCCUGGCCGUUUGUGACGCGUGCUGUUUUUCUGUUGCAGGUGGGUGUGGUGCCCCAUGAAAUGGCCUCGGGCGGCUGGGACGCAGACCGCCCCCUCUUCCGCCUGACCACGCAAAUUUCGCUACGCUCCUUUCACCAACUAGCGGAUUAUGGAGUGCUCCCGCUCCCUUUGGACAAAGGGGUGGAGGCCAAGCAGGUCACCCUUGAUAAUUACCGCUCUGUUGCGUGCUAUUUGGCGACUGACGAACAUUCGGCGCUCGCCCUUCCCACCGCAUGUUGGUUUUACAGACACAACAAUGGAAACGAACAUUUGCCGAACACAUCAGCUGUUCGAAAUUGGGCAAGCAGAACCCUGCUGCUCGUCGAAUGCCGAAUGUGUGGAGCCAUGCGACGCUUCACAUUCAGCACUCGGCGUUCGCCGAAUAGCAAGUGGUGGGAACGAGUUGCUUUUCACCAACGCCUAACGUUUGCUUGGCUGACCCGCAGCGGGUCGGUCCUUUGUGGCACAUCAAAGAAAGUGGAUAUUCGCCGAGUACCUGGGCUCCUCGAAACUGUUCGGUACUCGCCGAAAGCCGAAUUUCGAAACGGCGAGAAAAGGAAGCCGUGGGUAAUCCAUCUGCCCCGGGCCUUCAGCCGAAUCCCACAGCAAUUCCCCUGCCCCCAAGGGUGCCUCGUGACAAUGGCCGUUUUCUAUUUCGUGGAUGGGCGACGGCGGGCGGCGCGUGUGUUAGUACGCGAGAAAGUAGCAGUGGGUGGAAGAAGAAAGACGCGGCGUCCUGUCACGUGCUGUAGGUCGCACCUACUCUCAAACAUCCUGCGGAGCGCUGGCUUUGUUUUUAGGGUUGCGUUCUGUCCCUCUGUCAGCAAAGUGAGGAUUGCAAGGGGAACCUUAUUAAGUUUGUGUCGAUUCCAGGCAUACGACGCCCGAGAGAGGUGA